AUGGGGCGCCCCAAAGUCCUUCCGGCGAAUCGCUUGCGGGCAAAUACAGCUUGUACUGCAUGCCGGUCGUCUAAAAAACGAUGCAGUGGCACUUUCCCCUGCACCAAUUGCAACCACAAGGGACGCGGCCGCUCCUGUAUUCCGUUUAAAUCGACAUCGGACUCGGGACUUCGUAGCCGCCAUGAAUCGACAACGAGCCGACAGUCCAUAGACAGCCUUCCCACAGCAUGGAAUGCACCAAACACAAGCCCCCAAAGCCAUAGUUCCUCCCGGAUCCCAGAUGCAAGUCCCCGCGACGGCCAAAUUGAACGUCCGUUGGAGGCGGGCUCGCGAUCGCCGGAGGCGACACAUCGCACCCACCCUCGCAUGUUACGGAAUUUACAAGGAGAACGAGUUUAUGUCGGCAAGGCCGCUUCACUAUCAUUUCUCCAGCUUCUCCGGGAUACGGUCACACAGCAUAUCGGCCCUUCGCAGUUCUCCCACAACUUCAAGAGUGAGGAUAUGCUGGAGACAGAAGCUCAACAUGAUCCACUGGGCUUCUCGGAAGAGCACUGUGGUGCCGACGAGAAGCGUCGCUUCAUCCAUACAUUCUCUACGGCGACGAGUGGAUUCCUGUAUCUGGGAUGCAAUACAGAUGCGCUAGUCUCUGAUGCAAGAGAGCCGAAAACUGAUCGCGAAAAGAUUCAUGCAGCCAUCGGUGAUCUCAUGAUCGCCAUUGGAGCCCAGUCAUGUCCUAAUGAUCCUAAGACUGACCAGGCAGAGCGAUUUUUCUUGGAGCGUGGCCAACGCAGAGCGUUUGCCAACCUCCUCGAAGAUCCCAGCGUGGACCUAGUGCGGGUGUUCUUGCUCCUGUCCUUCUAUAUGUUCGGGGCAUGUCGCCGGAAUGCGGCAUUCAUGUAUCUGGGUGUAGCCGCUCGGUCGGCUGUUGCAUUGGGACUUCAUGUGGACUCUUCCGGGUCUUUAAGUCGUACUGAGCAGCAACAGAGGUCCAGAGUAUGGUGGAGCCUUUGUGUCAUCGAUUUCCUGGCGAGCUCGAUACUCGGUCGGCCCGCAGCUACCACAGGACUAAUUCCCCCAGGCCGGAGAGAUCUCGGUUUGAUGGCAACGACGGCAGCGGAACUUGGCUUGGUCACCUCUUACGAACUGUCUUUGAUUGUUGACGAGAUUACAAGCCGGCUGUACAGCGAAAAAGCUGCAUCUACCGAGACCGCGGAUCAGCUCCUGGCGAAGCUGAACCGAUGGAGCGACCAACUCCCGGAAAGCCUGCGCACACCCGCCUCGGAGAGUGAUGAUUCCGAUACUGCGCAGGAACACAUUAUCGGCAACAUGCAUGUUGCGUGUUCUUACCAUUUUGCCGUCAUCCUUGUUACUCGACCUUUUCUCAUCUCCACCCUGAGCGUCCGGCUGGCCCGCUCGCACCAGUCGUUCUCCACAGAUUCAGCCGGCGAGUCAUUGGAAGAAGAUCCGGCACAUUCUCGACUGGCGGCGGCAUGUAUUGACUCGGCGGUCUAUAUGCUCCAGACAUGUAUAGAAAUUCACCAAUCAGGACUGCUUCUCCGGCAAAUGGCUAUUCUCAAAGCUUUUGUAUUUGCCGCAGCCCUAGUUUUAGGGUUUUCGAUGUUCUCUCACCGCUAUGUCGACUCCGAAAUUGACGGGGCAUUUACGGGUGCCCUGUCCAUCUUGCGCAUGCUAGCACCUCAAUCCGCGCAGGCAGCGCACUACCUGGAAAUUCUGACCUUACUUGAAGCUGCUAUCACGCAGCAACGGCAGCGUCUCUCUGCUCAAGCGCGCCAACGGAGGAGCCAGUAUGUUAGUCGAAUCUUCAGUCUGAACGACACCACACGGACACCGCGGAUGCAGAGCGUGGACGCCGGCCGAGCCGGUAGUUCGACACCGCUUCUGGCACAGGGGGUUCUCAAUUACCCGUGGCUUUCCCAAGAUGAUGGCCCUGCUACAGUGACACCACUGACGAUGGACGGGGCAAUUCUGGACUGGGAAGGAAUGGAGCUGCCGCUGUGGGACAGUUUCCCGUUUACUGAGCCCGGAUCGUCUGUGCUAUGA